CCGUAACGUCGCGACGUUUGGAUACGGUUUCUUUUCUCUGCGAUAUUUACGCGUCUGUGAAGAAAACUGUUAAAACGCGAAAUCGGAAGAUGAGAUACCGAUUUCCCAUAGUAAAGAGUCGUCCUAGGCGUCUAAAAUCGGCGUCAUUACUUCAUGUUACUCCGAUUGUCGUUCGGCCACGAUCGAAAGUAUAGCGGAUUUCGCAAAGAAAAAGAAAAACGUAUGUAAGGGACGCGACGGUGCGUUUUCGCGGGAGGAAAUCUUUGCCGAAUUGGUGCACUUUCAAGUCGCAGUGACUACAAUGUUAAAGUGAUUUUUGCUAUUGAUCGAGCAACGAACAUACAUUAUCCAUCAUGCAGGUCCCUGGAUUGCAAUUCAUGGCUUUGCUAUUAUGCUCAUUGAUGAUAAGGAUAUCAGUAGUCUCAGGACUCUAUUACCCGCAAUCGAAUCUCACUCUAAGAUUUCCGUAUUUAACUCGACAUGGCACGAGGAUUUUACCGGAGGUCAAAUUAAUUGACCUUAGGACCCUUCGGGACGAUUCUACUGUACCGCAAGAUGUCGAGUAUCGAAUCAUCAAUAGGUUGCAAGAGAAGUUUGCCUAUAAGAAAAAUACAAGCGAGAUCGUGUUGCGGAAUCUUCCGCAAGAUGAGAGUACUAUCAUCGUCGAAGCGAGCGAAAGAGGUUCCAGCAAAGCGUACCUCGAGAUGAAAGUAAAGCCAGUUCCAGUAAUGGGAGAAAAUAUCAAUUGUAUGCACUACUUACAGGACAUGUGCUUCUGGAACACAUCAAACUACAAGAUUUAUGAGAAUCAACCAAUUACAAUGAUUGGCACGUUCGGCCCGGAGGCUUACAGCUAUAUGUGUCCCGAAUUCAACGUCAGCAGAUAUGAAUUGUCAAAUGGAACCGAUUAUUUUCACAUAGAUAACGGUAAGUUAUUUGCGAACGCGUCGUUGGACCGAGAUACUAUCAGUUCUCCAGGACCCGGACCUCGUGUUCAGAUCGAGGUGAAAUGUGUCGUUUGGGAGGAAAAGACUGGGACGCAGCAUGUGCAGUCGGAUAUUCUUACUAUCGAUAUCCUGGAUCAAGAUGACAAUCCUCCCACAGUGCAAGGCAACACUUCCAUCUCUAUAACGCUUCCGGACUUUACCGAGGGCUACAAAUUGAUAGACGAUAACCACAUGAUCUUUAGCGACGCGGAUGCGGUGACUACUAAUAAGUACAGCGUUCGCCUAAUUGGCGAUACUUCCCAAGCGUUGAACGUCACUUACGAGUCUUUACCAAUCGAACAUCAUAGACACCCGAAUAAGGUGCCCUAUACCGCCAUUUUUCCUAAAAUCUACUCCAAAAAGACACUGCUACCGGAGUCGCCGUAUCACGUAGUUCUUCAAGUUACGGACGAAUCUCUUCUCAAAGGACACGGGACAAAUUCGGUGAACAUUAAUUUAACUUUCACGGGUCCGGUACACCGAGCUUCGACUAUCGCGACACCAUCAUCCAUCGCAAAACGAGAAUCAGUCUCGUAUCCCUCGAAUGUGAAAAUAGCCCGGAUUUCGUCCAGAUACAUGCGCGUGGCGAAACCCACGGCAAAACCCCAUCCCUCGAUAACUUUCAACCUACAGGGUUCCGACGCAUUCAACGUCACCCCACAGGAGGGUAUCGUUUACGUGUCCAACGAAACUAAGCUGCGAUCCGAGCCCAACAGCGUUCAGCUGAAAUUAAAAUGGAUCGGAGAGAAUGGCAACAUGUCCAGGAUUUUACGAGUGAAUCUGGUCAACGUGUCGUCUUCAAAGAUUAACACGUGCAAACAAUUGGUUCAGGAAGAAAUGCAUUCAUGCGCGAUUGCAAAAUCGCGCGAAGAUUGCGAAAAGUCCUGCGGAUUCGCCAGCGGGAUCUUCAGCAAGGACAGUUUUGUCGGGCAAUGCGUUUGGAGAGGCAAUAAGAACAAUCGAACCAAUGACAUCUAUCAAAUGUCGGAGUCUUAUCACACCUGUUCGCCGGACCUGACGUACUGCCCGGACAACGAAUGUGACGAGCUGGAGAACAUGCAUCCGCAUAUAUGUCCGCAAGACUGCGUCGACAAAGAAGACAUUCACUUUGGCGAUGCAAACCAGAGCGGCCGUGGCAUGAAGAACGGUUUAAGAACUUGUGCCUGUGACGACAACCUGAAAUGCACUUGCAAUAUACCUGCUUUUCCACAAGGAAAUAACGUGCCCGGUGCUAAGGAAGAACGACCCAGAAAAUCACGGGAUCGGAAAGACGAGAUUCUCGUGUCGGGCGCGCGUAAAGCGUCUAGCGGGCCAUGCGGUCCAACCUGCAUGAUAGGCGUCAUUGGAGCUAGUCUGUUUGUUCUGAUCGUGAUUGUGGGCUCAUUCAUUACAUGGAGAUACAGGAUGGCGACGAAGGGCGCUCGACGAGAAUGCAAACACAGAGUGGACGAUGCGGCAAAUGGUAUUGGUAUUUUGCCAUCCGACUACAUCGAUCGUGGCGAUGGUCUUCUAAUCGGUCUGGACACCUUCACCGCGACGAAUCGUCAUCUAUUACUACCCAAGACGUGCCCGCCGGAUCCGAAAUGGGAAUUUUCCCGAUCGCUUCUGAAGAUCGAGCAAGUCUUGGGCGAGGGUGAGUUCGGACGCGUUUUGCGCGCCAAAGCCAUGAACAUCGGCGGAAUGCCCGGCCCCACGACCGUCGCGGUGAAAACGCUAAAGGAGGACGCGUGUGCCUCCGAGUUGGCGGAUCUGCUGUCGGAAUACCAGCUGCUGAAGGAAGCGCAGCAUCCGAACGUGAUCCGACUGCUGGGCGCCUGCACGACGCCACCAGGCGCGCCUGUCUACCUCAUCAUCGAAUUCGCCGAAUUCGGCUCCUUGCGGAAUUAUCUGAGGCGCAGUCGGCACUUAGAGUCGGAAAACAGAAUUUGUGGUUCGACGUUUCUGCUUUCGUCGAUUAACACCGGCGAAGAAUCACAAUGCAGCGAAAAUAAUACAUCGAAUUGUAUUAUAACACCACGGGAUAUUCUCUCGUUUGCGUGGCAAAUAAGCAAAGGAAUGGCAUAUCUCGCCGAUAUUAAGUUAGUGCAUCGGGACCUUGCAGCAAGGAAUGUAUUGCUCGCAACUGGUAAAGUCUGUAAGAUUUCGGAUUUCGGUCUAACUCGCGAUGUAUACGAGGACGAUGCGUACUUGAAACGGAGCAAAGGAAGAGUUCCCGUAAAAUGGAUGGCGCCGGAAUCCCUGGCCGACCACGUGUAUACCAGCAAAUCGGACGUUUGGAGCUUCGGUGUGCUCCUGUGGGAGUUGGUCACGUUAGGAAGUUCGCCGUAUCCCGGAGUGGACGUACAUAAUCUCUACAAUUUGCUGAAGGCCGGCUACCGUAUGGAAAAGCCGCCUAACUGCUCGCAACAAUUAUAUAAGCUAAUGGUAUCCUGUUGGCAUCAAGAACCUAGCAUGCGACCAUCGUUCAAGGAACUAACUAGCCAUUGGGAGCGUAUGCUAGAAGAUGGUGUUGAGUAUCUCGAUCUUAAUCCGAGAACCGUCCAUAAUCAGGCGUACUUUGCAUCCCUCCAAGCCUUGGAUAACGCGAAUGGUUCCAAUAAUGAUCAGAUGGCCAACGGGACUGGCACUAUUUUGAAAACAAAUACUGUCAACUAUCUUGGUCGAAUGCCUUCCGAAGCGGUUACUAAAUGUGAUAAGAUAGAUAAAUUGCAGGCGCUUUGGCAUCCGUCCGUAGCGUCUUUUCCCGAGGAAACCAUGAAGUCGCCGUACGUAAAUGAUCAACCAGCAAACAUGAACGCCAAUCAUUACGAGAGCCCGAUAAAGCUGCGGAACAUUAGUAUGGCGAGCAACAGCGAAAACGACCUGACAAUACCUUCGAACGAACGUCCUCAAUCUUAUAUCGAUAUGCAAGGAAAGAAAUCGUCAGAGACAGAGGACCUCUUGGUAUUUAAUAGUAUAGAUGAUGACAAAAGCGAUAAUAACGUGACGAACUGAUAGGCAUAAUCUCGUUUUGGAUAUUUGAAACAAAUACGACACAAAUGAGAAAAUUAUAAAAUGGGGAACACGCCAGUCUUCAAUGAGUCUCGAAAUUUCCAUUAAUUUGAGACUACAAUAUGACGAAUGAAAAUAAGGGAAGAUAGCUAGAAGGAUGAAAUAAUUGACGAUUUCGAAUCAUGCGAAGGAGGAGAAUAUUUAUUUAAUGAAGGAGCAGAAGAGAAAAUUAUGUACGAACGAUGAAUGGAGGAAGGUAAUUGUGAUUCGCGUGGGAUGAGAAACGCUAUUUUCGAAGAUGAUGCAUUGUGGAUAAGGAUGAUGAGGGUACGAUAAGUAUGAAAAUGUGCUGAAUAAAUGAAAAUUCGCUGAAGUCGCAUUUACAACAACGAGUAUCAACUUUACAAAGUUGAAGAAAUUGCGAGAGCAGAAAUGCCGCAGAAGAAAUUUCGAAAACGACUGAACGAAACGCUCUAUUAAAAAUGAAGAGCAAAUUAUAUCGCGCAGAGAGUGGUAAUUAUAUCAUAUAUAAAUUAAUAAUUAAUUUCAUCUAUUUUUAUGUACUUAAAAUCAUACGCGACUAUCCAUAUAUUGUCAUUGAUAAUGAAGCUUUUAUUAUUAUUAAUAAUAAUAGUUACGCAUUAUAAUUAUUCGUGCAAUUUGUCAAAAAAAUCGUCAGGUUUUCCAAUUUUCAGCGUUUAAGAAUCUUUUGCAUAUCGCACUACGCAAGUGUGAUGAGAUUUGAAAAUAGUUGCUCAUUAAGAACUUAUGAAGCUUUUUUGCGAUUUAAGAAUGCUACAGGGUGUCUUAAACUAAAUAUGAAUUGUUUCUCAACUAUUACUAACAGUUCUCAUUUUUUAUUAUUAAUUCACUGUUAUUCAAUUUUAAAUGGUCUACACUUCAGCAGAAAUUUCAUUCGUGGUAUAAUUGCGCGAGAUAUUAAUGUUAUAAAAAAUUAAAGAUGAUCUUCCAUCUUUCUUAAUAAUAAUAUCUAUGGUUGUAAAAUUGUGCGACAGGACACCCUAUUAAUGGCGCUAACUUAAUUAUCUAACUUGAAACUUUUAAUCGUCACGCUUCCUUUGAAACGAAAUUUUUUAUUCUCGCACUAGCUUUUAUGGCUUUUGUGUGUCCAACACAAAGCAACAGAUCGCAUGACGAAGUGAUACGAUCGAAGAAUAGAAUUUUUACGAGAUGUAUAUUCGAACUCCGAUUGACGCCCAACCGUAUUCAUAAGAUGAAGAUUGUGCUUCGACGUUAAACGACGUUACCUCAAUGUAAACGAGAAAUCGUCCUUUUUGUAUUUAUGUAUAAAACGCAACAUUCCACACAAUUAGCAUAGUUAUAUUUAUCGUUUUGCGGAUUCGACGACGAUUGCGCAUAAUUUCGAUUUGUACCGAUUUUUUUUAUUUACUGUCCGAUGCGUUAAAAGUGACUACGAUAUCGAAUACGCGCCUUACUGGUUAACAUUGUGCCAUAUGAUUUUCUUGUGAUUAAUAUAACGAAAUGUAUAAAAGAUGCUUCCAGAUGGA